AUGCAAGAGAAAGAAGAUUUCAUGGCUCAGAUCCCCAUCAUGGAUUUGUCUGGAAAUCAAGCGGCGCUGGAAAUGAUUAAAAAGUUGGCCCAGACCAUUGACAAGGUUGAUGAGGAAAGAUAUGACGCCAAGGCAAAAGUGAAGAAGACAGACAAAGAGAUUGAGGACCUGAAGAUGAAAGUGGUUGAGAUCCAGGGCAUAAAGAAGCCAGCUCUGAAGAAAGUGCGUAUGUCUGCUGAUGCUAUGCUUGCAGCUCUGCUGGGCACCAAGCACAAGGUGACCAUGGAUUUCAGAGCCAACUUGAAAGAAGUGAAGAAGGAGGUCAAAGAGGAGGAGGAAGUCAGUGACUGGCGUAAGAACGUUGAUGAACAGGCUGGCAUGGAUGGCAGGAAGAAGAAGUUUGAGACCGCAUAAAUUACCAAAUUAGUUUGGGUGUUCAAAACUAUGGAGGAUACAGAGUGAUUGAUCUAUCUUUUAUGUUAUUUUGUUGUGCUGUUACAGAGUUGGAUAUGGAAGACCUAAGGUCGAGAUUUGAGGCAAAGACAUGUUUAUCUUACAGCAUAAGAUAAGCCCUUAUACUAACUGUAAACUGUAAUUGAAUUGUAACUUAUUUUCCAAAUAUAUAGGCUUACUGGAAAUAUAUACAACUGCCAAACUGCAGUAAUUCAAUAAAUGUUGGCAACAUGGUGGAAACAUGAACAUGGUGGAAACAUGAACAUGGUGGAAACAUGAACAUGGUGGAAACAUGAACAUGAACAUGGUG